AUGGCAUUGUGGGCUUCAGCUUCUGAACUCAACUAUAGUCCUGCGGUUGUCUCUCUCGCGAGCCAGCUUUUCGUCAGUGGAUCAUGGCGGAAAACAACUGCUUUCGCAGAUGCUGAGAAUCGGUUCCUGAAGCUCGUAGCUGAAGCGAAGAACUGCAAUGCUCUUACAGUCUAUGGCGAAUAUCUGUUCCAAGAUGGAAAGUAUGACCAAGCAGUGGCCAUGUUAAGCCAGGCCCUCAGCGUUGACGAUGGAGUCUUUGAAUGGAAGCGGAAGUGCCUGGUAUGUCUCGCAAAGUCUUACGCCAAGCUUGGGAGAGCGCAUGAGGCAAAGAAAACACUUGAGUUGCUAGGAGACGCAGAAGCAGACGGUGAGCUUGACCAGAUGCUUCGAUCAAGUGAUGCUGAGAUGACACGUCAACAAUUGUACGCAGAUGCCGUCAAGGGCAAGCAUGAUUUGUUUUCACGGCUGGCAGAAGUGGAAUUUGAGAGAGAAGCCAAGGAGACGGAUGCCGAACUGAAGAAGAAUCACCAUCUAUGGGGCUUGGAGUGGUCGAGACUGGCAGACCCAGGUGCAAAGUUUUAA